AUGACAUGUAAUCCUAAUUGGCCUGAAAUCAAAGAAGAGCUACAACGAAAUGAUGAAGUUCAUAAUAGGCCUGACUUAGUUGUACGCAUUUUCAAAGCAAAAUUAGAAGAGUUGAAAAUUCAUUUGUUUAAAAGAAAAAUAUUUGGACAAGUUGGUGCACAUGUAUAUGUCAUUGAAUUUCAAAAAAGUGUACUUCCGCAUGCUCACUUUUUGAUAAUUUUGAAAUCAAAUUCAAAAUUAUAUGCACCUGAAUGUUUUGAUAAAGUUGUUUCAGCAAAAAUUUCUCAUAAAACUAAGAACUGUCAUUUAUAUGCUAUGAUUCUUAAACACAUGAUACAUGGUCCAUGUGGUAAUUUAAACCCAACAAAUGCUUGUAUGACAAAAAAGGGAAAUUGUAGAAACCAUUAUCCAAAGUCUUUUUGUCUUACAACAACUCAAGGAGAAAACUCAUAUCCUAAAUAUAGACGUCGGGAUGAUAAACAAAAAUUUCAAGUAAGAGGAGCUACGUUAGACAAUUGUUGGGUUGUUCCAUAUAACACAUUUUUACUUGCGAAAUUUGAUUGUCACAUGAAUGUUGAAAUUUGCUCCACUAUAAAAGCUAUCAAAUAUCUAUACAAAUAUAUAUAUAUAUAUAUAUAUAAAGGCCACGAUCGAAUUGCUUUCAAUGUGACAACAAUAAAUGAAGAAAACAUUAUCAAAGAAAUUGAUAAUUUCCAAUCUGCUAGAUGGAUUUUUGCUCCUGAAGCUAUGUGGAGAAUAUAUGGCUUCAACUUAAAUGAAAUUUGGCCAGCUGUAUAUUCUUUGCAAUUACAUCUCGAGGGCAAACAAUUGAUUUCGUUUAAUGAGUCACGAAAAUUGUCUCAUGUGUUAGAAUCAGAUUUCUUCUCAUGGUCUAUGUUAACUGAGUUUUUCAGAUUAAAUAGUUUUGAUCAACAUGCUCGAACAUUUCUUUACAAGGAAUUUCCUGAGCAUUAUGUUUGGAAUCAACUCUUGCCUUUUUCUCUUCCCUCUUCUCAGACCCCUUCUCUUCUCUCGUUACCCUCUGUAAAUCAACCUUUAGGUGUUAAAUUAAAUGAGAAUAACUUUGUCGUCUAG